AUGAGAAAAGCAUUUCAAAUGUUCGACACGACAAAAUGCGGAUUCAUCGACACCGUUAAAAUAAGCACAAUAUUAAACACAAUGGGUCAAAUAUUCGACGAUGGAGAAUUAAAUGCAUUGAUCGAAGAAUCCGAUCCCGACGGGUCCGGAAAAGUUAAUUUCGAUGGUUUCUGUCGUAUAGCAGCACAUUUUUUAGAAGAAGAUGAUGCGGAAGCAAUGCAAGAAGAACUUAAAGAAGCUUUUAGAUUAUACGAUAGAGAAGGAAACGGUUACAUAACGACGGGAACCCUUCGGGAAAUUCUCGCCGCUUUAGAUGAUAAAUUAACGAAUGAGGAUUUGGAUGGAAUAAUUGGCGAAAUCGAUACAGACAAUUCUGGAACAGUCGAUUUCGACGAAUUUAUGGAAAUGAUGACCGGAGAAUGA